GCAGCUGUCAAUGAAAUAAUUGAUAUGCUUUGUAAAGAUAUGGAAGGAGGUAUUAGUGAGCAUGCUCUCUGUACACAUAUGGCUACAUUUGCACUGAAGGUCGAUCUGAUGACAUUAUUUGGCAAUGUAUCAGAUGAUUCGAAGAUUACUGAAUUUCAUAACAAUUACAACGUCUGCUGGUCAGAAAUGGAGUCCCGGUUGGGAGGAAAAUUUCCAGAACCCGGCAGUGAGCAAGAAGAGAACUUCCAGACAGCAUUAAAUGGGGCAAAAGAUUUUGUUAAAGGAGUUGUUGAAAUCAGAGAGAAGCUGGAGAUAACAGAAGAAAAUGAGAGGUUUAUUGAUAUCCUGAUUAGACACUGCGCAGAUGAAGACACCCUACUGAGUGAUGCAAUAACCUAUGUUGUCGGAGGGUUCCACACCACUGCUAAUUCUCUGGCCUGGGGUUUCUAUUUCAUAGCUGGUAAUAGUGCUGUACAAGAUAAACUUCAUGCGGAAAUAUCAGAACAUUGUGGAAAGCAUGAUUCAAUAGGCAUCUCCAGCAUAAACAAAUGUGUGUAUUUGAAGCAGGAGUUUGAUGAAACACUAAGGUGCUCCGUGCUGGCUCCAUUUGCAGCUCGGUAUCUUGAUGAAGACAUACUGCUUGGGGGUUACCCAAUUCCUGGAGGAACUCCCAUAGUCCAUGCUCUGGGUGUUAGCCUUCAAAAUCCUGAAUACUUUCCUGAGCCUAGCAAAUUUGAUCCAGACAGAUUUAGUCCAGAAAACAUCAAAAACCGGCCAAGCACAGCUUUUCAGCCGUUUGGUGUUGGUAAGAGGAUCUGUCCUGGUCAUAGGUUUGCAAAUAUGGAGGCAGCAGUUUGCAUUGCAGCGAUGGUGAGGAAGUUCGAGAUUGGACUGGUUGAUGGGCAAAAGAUAGAGCCUGUACAUGGACUGGUGACUCAUCCCUCUACAGAGAUUAUGAUUACUCUAAAACAGCGUCAUUGAAUCAGAGGGUUCAACCAGUAUUGAAACAGUGUAUUUU